AUGGUUGAAGGAGUUCAUAAUUUUGACGAUGAGAUGUCUGUGGAUUCCAUUGACUGUAAUGAAAUGAACACAUUAAAAAUAGUAGCAACAUCAAAAGAUAUUGAGAAAUGGGAAGAAGGCGAUUUACUUUCAGGGUCACAGAUGUGGGGGUGCGAAAACUUGAACAGGAGAAUUGAAAAAAUAUCUCUUCAAUAUGAAGAAGAAGGCAAUUUCGGUUUUGUGGUUAAAACUUCGUUUGCUGAUAUGAAAGAGUACUUCAAGAGAGCCAAAGUAGUCUAUAAAGCCAAUAGUGAAAUAAGUGAAGUUCGUGAUAGUUCUCAAAAAACAAAUGAACAACCAAAAGAAACAAUAAAAAAUGAAGUGAAAAAAACAGAAGAAAAAAAUGAUAAAACUACUUUUAAACUUGAAGAUGACAAUUUUCAUCCUUCUGGUUCCGUUGAAACUCAAGUUAAAUUUAUUGACACAUCACUUCUUUCAUCAGACGGUGCUCCACAAAAUGCUAACGUUGGUUCUAAUGGGGCAAGAAAGUAUUUGAAAGAAACGUAUUGGACUGCGCAACAAGAGCGUGAAUAUCAGUUCAUGAUGCACAAUAAAACUUCUUCAAAUCCAAAAUAUUCAACAUCAAAGGGCGUUCCAAAGUAUAUUCAAGAGGUUUCUUCGAAUGUUGGAUCAUCAUAUUACAGAGGAGACUGGUUGACAGUCAAAUUUAAAACGUUUGAGAAAUGCUUAGACACUGAUGUUUUGAUACAUUUUAUUAUCAGGAGAAGUAAUAGAUUCUUUGAUGAUAACGUGCUCCAUGCCGCUUUAGGAUUGUCAAAAUAUCAAAAUGAUGGAAGAGUGCUUAACACUAAAAUAUAUUUAGGUUCUGCAGAGGUUAUAAAGAAGGCAUACAUUUCAAUGGAAGUGAAGUGCAAUAAUGUGUUUUACACUUACUAUUUAUCUGAAUUUUUCACGUAUAAUUACUCACCACAACUUGUUGUGACUUCUCCACUCUCGGGACAGAUCUUUAGAAGUAAUGAAACGGUGAAUGUCAUGUGGGAGGCAAGUGAUGACUUUAUUAAAAAUUACCCAAUUAUCAAUUUGCGAGUAUUUGAAUGUGGCAGUGUUUUCUGUACAAAGACUAUCACCCAAAAUUUCAUCAAUUUAAAAGUAGAGUCAAAGUUUAAGAAAUUUUCAUUUAAAGCAGAUGACUAUAUAUUUAGAGAUGCAAAUAUGAUACUUCAACUUGAUUACAAUUGUAACUUCGCUUUCUAUUCGUGGUGUGAUUUUGCACAAAGUCCAGUGUUCUCUGUUAUGUCAGACGCGACCAACAAAGACCAAGUAGUUAUGACUGAGCCCGAAAUAGGCCUAAAUUUAAUAAGUGGAAAUACACUCUGUGUUGGAUGGGAUUUUCAAGAGAAAUUGGAAGAUCAAACCGUCACGAUUGAACUCAAAAAGGAUGUAUGGGGGUUAGACCCUUCUUAUUAUACAGGGACGAUUGAUUUGUAUGCGAAAGGUGGGUGCUUUACAAUUCCGGAUGUAGCUGGUUCAACUGAAUUUUACACACAAUUAAAAUACAAUUGUGGCGUCUUUUUCUGUAAAACGAUUGUCUCAAACUACUUUGCGAUCAACAGUGAGAGAAAAAUCAAGUUUGAAAGUUUCUACCAUGAUAUAAUGAAAAAGAAGUAUUACAUAACCUUUGCUAUGCAAAAAUUGGUGACUGGAAAAUUUUCGGUAUUGGUCAAACAAAAAUAUCCAAAUUUCUUGUUGGUCCAACCAGAACUUGUUGGAGGCCAAUUUUAUGGACCGGAGUAUGUAGUUGGACAGAGAUAUAAUGUUACAUUUGAGACUGAGGAUCAAAGCUUUUUCAAAUUAUAUGUUUUAAUCAAGUACGACUGUUCGUUUGGAAAAUUCUACUGCAAAAAUGAACGAUCAAAACUAUAUUCAUCUGAGUUGGUAUAUAGAGCAGCUUGGAAUGACCCGACUGUGGAAGAUAAAUAUCAAGUCUCAAAGACUUUUGUCGACUUCAAUUGUAAAAAUACAGUUGGAUAUAGUGACCCACUUUCUAUUGUUAUUCAAGAAUUGUGCAAACUAAGUAACAAGGUAUUUGCAGUGACUGCCGGGUUUAAAAUUACAUGUGAAGAUUGUUUUGUCAUAGCAGAGUAUAAAUUAAAGGACUUUGAGUUCGACAUAUCAUUUUCUGGCAUCUCAAAAUUCACAGCAGAGGUUGACGUUGAUACAAAAAUUGGGUUUAACACUAUCAGUAAGUUUUGGGUGAGUUUGAGAAGGUACCAGGAGCUCCAAAUAUUCGACUUAAAACAGAUUGGACUCCCAUCAUUCCAAUUUCAAAUCGGGUCGUACACUAUGUCUAUUGGGCCACUUCUCAAUGUUUAUUUUGUGUUUGAUUUCGACUUAACUUUAUUGGCUCAAAUGUCAACGAACUAUACAGUAAAUUACGUCUUCUCGUUAUCCAUUAAUUCACUUGCAAGAAAUCCAGUGAUUUACAACUUUGUUGAGAAAAGUCGUUCAAGUGCGUUCAACAUUCUUGGAAGUGCAACUUUCAAAGCAGCUUUGGGAUUUAAAGUUAAUAUAGGUCUCGGUCUUGGAAUUGAGAGCUUCAAUUUGGAUAUAUACUGUUGGGCAAAUAACUCAUUGACUUUACAAGUACCACCAUUUAUAGCGAGUAAUGAAUACCUUGUUGACAAUAAAAAGGUCGACCACUUCGUUAAUUACGAUUUCGAUUUCACUCUUAAUAUAAUGACGUGGUUCAAAUUCUUGUGGAUAUCGACAGACAAAAUGGACAUCUCAAGUAACAGUUUUAAUUACAAAUUUAUGACUUUGGGAUUCUUCCCAACUAACAUUGGGAUGGAAAAGAUCAUGGUGUUUUAUACUGAAAAGGAGUUCUCAAAGGACAAAAAUGAAUUUUUGGAACUGCUUGUUUUCAACGAGAUGAACGAUUUGCUAUCAGAUUUGUCAAAUGCCACAGACAAAUUUUACAAGAGAAGUCAAAUGAAAAUUUCUUAUAAAAAAGAAGAUUUCUUGAGAGGAAAUGAGACGUAUGAAAAGUUCUAUAUAUACUUUACAGAUUGUGAAGUGGGUGAAGAUUUGUUAUACCUUUUUAAGAAGUACAUUUUAUUCGGAAGUGUUCCUGAAAACGCCCAUUUGACGGGAGAAUAUCCAUUAAGUAAUUUGUUCGCACAAAGUGUAAUCAAAAGCAAUUCAAAAGAUGGGUGCAAAAUGACAGAUUUGUUAGACGAAAAUUGUAGAGAGUGUUUUGACGACUUUGUGAUGUCUCUUGGUAAUUGUUAUUACCAACCUAUUUCUGGUAUCGAAAACUUGUGGGGGAAUAAAUCAUAA